AUGGAAACUCGAGGACGACCUAGGCGAAACAUAAAAAUUCGUCGCGCGCACCCCACACAUACGCACCUCAACACAAAUAAUAGCCAAUACAAUGUAAUACAGCAUCAUAAUAGCAAUGUUAGAACGGGUGGCGAAUACAUCAACUCUGACAUAGAGGACCCAGACGGGCCCGUACCCGCAUUCGAUCUGGAAGCGACGGAGGAUGUUCAGUCUUGCCUCUGUGUUCGGUUGAUACGUUCCGUCUACCAUUUAGAUAACGAUUAUUUUUGUCAACAGUGUUUCGACAACCUAGAUCCAGACGACCAGAUCCUAUGCGACGACCCGCCCACUCAUUUCCUAUGCGGAGUACCUGCAAGGGAACAAAUAUCACACUGUCGUAUAUGUGAUAUAAACCUAGCGGAUCUACAACCCGCUAUAUCAUGCCUCCCAUGCAUGAUCAUUUACAAUAAUCUGACUGACAUCGAAAGAAUUUUUUUAGUUCAAGGAAUAGCGAUCCGCACCGUAGAACUGUAAAGCACCUGAGCGCUAUGCGCGAAACCAAAUACUUUUGCUAUCCACCUGUAA